AUGAAACAUUCUGGAUAUUUGUGGGCCAUCGGCAAAAAUGUCUGGAAGAGAUGGAAGAAAAGGUUCUUUGUACUGGUGCAGGUUAGCCAAUAUACAUUUGCCAUGUGCAGCUACCGAGAGAAAAAAGCUGAACCUCAAGAGCUGUUGCAGCUUGAUGGAUACACGGUAGACUAUACAGACCCACAACCCGGUUUAGAGGGCGGCCGAACGUUUUUCAAUGCAGUGAAAGAAGGAGACACCGUGAUUUUUGCAAGUGACGAUGAGCAGGACCGCAUCCUCUGGGUCCAAGCCAUGUACCGAGCUACAGGCCAGUCCCACAAACCUGUUCCACCUACUCAAGUUCAGAAGCUUAACGCUAAAGGAGGAAACGUACCCCAGCUAGAUGCCCCCAUUUCUCAAUUUUAUGCAGAUAGAGCUCAAAAGCAUGGCAUGGAUGAAUUUAUCUCUUCCAAUCCCUGUAAUUUUGACCACGCUGCCCUUUUUGAGAUGCUUCAGCGCCUCACUUUGGACCACAGACUUAAUGAUUCCUAUUCUUGUCUGGGCUGGUUUAGCCCUGGCCAAGUCUUUGUCCUAGAUGAAUACUGUGCACGUAAUGGAGUCAGAGGCUGUCACAGGCAUCUUUGCUACCUCAGUGAUUUGCUUGAAAGAGCAGAAAACGGAGCAAUGAUUGACCCCACCUUACUACACUACAGUUUUGCCUUUUGUGCAUCACAUGUUCAUGGUAACAGGCCUGAUGGAAUAGGAACGGUAACAGUAGAAGAAAAAGAGCGGUUUGAAGAAAUCAAAGAGCGGCUGCGAUUGUUAUUGGAAAAUCAAAUCACGCAUUUUAGGUAUUGCUUCCCAUUUGGCCGACCAGAAGGAGCUUUAAAAGCUACUUUAUCACUCCUGGAACGGGUUUUGAUGAAAGACAUAGUUACUCCUGUCCCUCAAGAGGAGGUAAAAGCUGUCAUCCGUAAAUGCUUAGAACAAGCGGCAUUGACUAACUAUACUCGGCUAUCAGAAUAUGCAAAAAUCGAAGAGAAUCAAAAGGAUGCAGAAAAUGUAGGUCGGUUAAUUACGCCUGCCAAAAAGCUAGAAGAUACAAUUCGUUUGGCGGAAUUGGUGAUUGAAGUUCUGCAGCAAAAUGAAGAACAUCACGCAGAGGCCUUUGCUUGGUGGUCAGACUUAAUGGUUGAACACGCGGAAACCUUCCUCUCGUUGUUUGCGGUAGACAUGGAUGCUGCGCUGGAGGUCCAGCCUCCAGAUACCUGGGACAGCUUUCCACUGUUUCAGCUUCUAAAUGAUUCCCUUCGAAGUGACUAUAAUUUGUGCAAUGGAAAAUACCACAAACACCUCCAAGAUCUCUUUGCUCCACUUGUGGUUAGAUAUGUCGAUCUCAUGGAGUCCUCUAUUGCCCAGUCCAUUCACAGGGGCUUUGAGCGGGAAUCAUGGGAGCCAGUAAACAAUGGAUCAGGAACAUCAGAAGAUCUGUUUUGGAAACUAGAUGCCUUACAGACCUUCAUCAGGGAUCUACACUGGCCUGAGGAAGAAUUUGGGAAACACUUAGAACAACGGCUAAAACUUAUGGCUAGUGAUAUGAUUGAAUCCUGUGUAAAGAGAACCCGGAUUGCAUUUGAAGUAAAGCUACAGAAAACAAGCCGAUCAACAGAUUUCCGAGUUCCUCAGUCAAUAUGCACCAUGUUUAAUGUUAUGGUUGAUGCCAAAGCUCAAUCAACAAAACUUUGCAGUAUGGAAAUGGGCCAAGAGCACCAGUACCAUUCAAAAAUAGAUGAACUAAUUGAAGAAACCGUCAAAGAAAUGAUAACACUCCUUGUAGCAAAGUUUGUCACCAUCCUGGAAGGUGUGCUGGCCAAGCUAUCAAGAUAUGAUGAAGGGACCUUGUUUUCUUCUUUCCUCUCAUUUACUGUGAAAGCAGCUUCCAAAUACGUGGAUGUGCCUAAACCAGGGAUGGAUGUUGCUGACGCCUACGUGACCUUCGUUCGCCAUUCUCAGGACAUUCUGCGUGAUAAGGUCAAUGAGGAGAUGUAUAUAGAAAGGUUAUUUGAUCAAUGGUACACCAGCUCCAUGAAUAUCGUUUGCACUUGGCUAACAGACCGCAUGGACCUUCAGCUUCACAUCUAUCAACUAAAAACCCUUAUUAGAAUAGUAAAGAAAGCAUACAGAGAUUUCCGAUUGCAAGGAGUUCUGGAUUCUACCUUGAAUAGUAAAACCUAUGACACAGUCCGAAACCGGCUGACUGUAGAAGAAGCCACAGCUUCAGUAAGCGAAGGUGGAGGACUCCAAGGGAUCACCAUGAAAGACAGCGAUGAAGAAGAUGAAGAGGAUGAUUAG